CGGCGACAGGGCAGAGUACAUGCCUCAUGUCAAGAAAAGCUGUUUACCCCGCAGAGAUGUGCCUUCACACUAAGGUUAAAAUAAAAAGCUGAGAGAAGGAGAUCCAAAAAGCAGAGGAAGCAGCACUAACAGAAGCACCUGGCAGAAUGACCAAAGGCGUGGGAGGCCGAAGCCAGACACCGGCUCCAAGGAACAGGCACAGUUAUGGGGAUAAUAUUCUACCGCGGAAGGACAGCAGAGAUGCUACACAGAGUCCUGAGGAAGCCGAGUUUGCUCCCUUAUCAGGAGGAGACUACAGCAAUUCAGAGGAGCCAAAUGAGGAAGAGGAGCAGAUGCAGGAACUAACCCCCCGUCCCACUACCCCAGGCACUGAUGCUGGGCAGGUGGGUGGUCUUGCUGGGCGCAGCCAAGUAGCGGCACCUGACGGAGGCUGGGGCUGGGUGGUACUGGCCGCCACCAUCUUGGUUUUGGCUCUCACCCUGGCCUUCCCCUCAUGCAUUGGUAUUUUCUACACAGACCUGCAGACAGAGUUCAGCACCAGCAACACAGAAACAGCAUGGGUGCCAGCCAUCAUGACCGCUGUGCUGCACGCUGGGGGUCCGUUAUGCAGUGUGUUAGUGGAGCGCUUUGGUUGCCGGGCAACAAUAAUGGCGGGUGGGGUGCUGAGUGGAUUGGGAAUGGCAAUCACUGCCUUGGCCAGGUCCAUAACUGACCUUUACAUCACUGGCGCCAUCACAGGAUUGGGAUUUUGCUUUUCUUUCCAGCCGUCAGUGACUAUGAUGGGCUAUUACUUUGUGCGCCGUCGUGCCUUUGCAAAUGCGUUGUCCUCCUCUGGCACAGCUCUGGGUCUAAGCACUCUGCCCCUGCUUGCCAACUUCCUGCUCAGACAGUUUGGCUGGCGUGGCAGCUUCCUGGUGCUGGGAGGGGUGCUGCUAAACUGUUGCGUGUGUGGUGCCGUGAUGAGGCCCGUGCAUCACACACCAGAACCAAACAAAGCCAAGCCCCCUGAAGUCUCUAGUAAAUCAAGUAAUAUCCAGGAAGAGAGACAGGGGUUGAAGGACCGUGGCAGGACUGCGCUCUCUGACUGUGUGUCCUUCCUGCGCAGACAUUUGGCCUUUGACCUGCUUAUCAGCAAUGCUCGCUAUUGUGUCUACACUGUGGGGGUGACCUGGCUGAUGUUGGGCUUUGUGGUGCCGCUCAUCUACUUGGUGCCCUAUGCUACCGCCCAUGGCAUGGAACAGGACCGUGCUGCCUUGCUCAUGUCCAUCCUGGGCCUGAUCAACAUCGCCCUUCGACCUGUGGCCGCCUUGCUCUUUGGUCUGCCACGUUUCAGAGGCAGCGGCUGUUUUGUGUAUGUUUUCGCUGCAGCUGUGUUUGUGAAUGGCUUGAGUAACUCCAUCUGUGGGAUUUCAGCCUCCUUCGAAGUGCUUCUGCUGUUCGUGGUGAUCUAUGGUCUGUCUAUGAGUGUGGUUGGCUGCCUGCUCUUUACCGUGCUGAUGGAGACAGUGGAGAUGACCCGCUUCCCCUCAGCCCUGGGACUCAUCAGUAUGCUGGAGAGUGGGACACUACUUAUUGGGCCACCCCUAGCAGGCAUGUUAGUGGACAGCACAGGCCAGUACUCCUACGUCUUCUACGCCAGCAGUGUGUCGGUGUCCCUCUCUGGUCUCUUUCUCAUGGGGUCCUUCUACAUCCUGGACAGUAGGAGGAGAGACAGGGAGAAGAAGCAGAAGAUAAAGAAGCCUUCGGCGCUCUAUCAGAAGCCUGCCAUAAUCCUGGUCCCCGACUGUGAGCACAGCCAUGUCUCCUCACAAGGACCUGAAGCAAAUGACACAGUUUAUGUCACCAAUGUGUGA